AAUCCAUUUGAGGCGUCUUUGAAACAAUGAGACAUUAAAUUCUGCUGGAACAGUAAAGAUGCAACAUCUCAAGUGGAAUCUGGACACCCUACCGCGAGAGCUGCCGGUCAACAUAUGCGAGAUUCUGUACUAUGACGACCACGCUGCAAGUCUCGCCUCGCUCUCUGCAGCGAACAAGACAUGCCGCGAUGCUGCAGUCGGUGUCUUGGUCCGCACCAUCAAGUUUACCGUUAGCGAACAUAGCUGUUCAGACAACGAGGACAACUGGUCAGAAAGCGAAGAUAACUGUUCAGACAGGGAAGAUAACUGUUCUGAUAUGAACACAGGCUCCCAGGACAGCCUACACCUCGAUGCCCUGAGUUGCGAACGAAUGCUUCACGGAAACGGCGUCUCGUCUCAAGUUCGCCGGAUCUACAUCAAGGGCAUAGAACCAACAUUUGAAAAGGACUUUGUGAGGAGGACUCUCGAUUGACUCAGACCCGUUGGGGUUACCGUCGGCCCGAGUGGAAACAGAGGCGCAUUUACGCCGCCGUAAUGUGAGAUGACUUCGAGAGAAAGAUGAAGGAGAGCUACUGGGAGCCGGAAGAAACCGAAUACCUAUACGAAUCUCGCUAUCCGUUUGACUAUGCCAACUGUCAGCCUCGGUCGAUCUAUGAGAGUUGUUCAGCUUGGUCACCAAUGGCUGGGCUCAUCAGGGAACUGUCCAACCUGACGGACAUCUUCUACGCAUGCAAUACUCGAUUCCCUCCCUUACUGCUUGAUACCUUAAAGAAAUUCCACCCUGCAUGCAGAAUUCAUAUACUUCCUUUCAACCUACGUUCGCUACAGACUUUACGUUCAGACAAGUACCAAC